CCUAGCUUGUUCAGCAUUCACAAGCAAAGCAUUUCAUCACCUAGCUAGCUAUUUGAAGCUUUUCAUAACACAAAAAUCAGUUUCCAAAUCAUGUCAACUACUACUGCAGCAGCCAUGACUCGGGUUGGCACUGUUUUAGCCAUCGUUUUUUUACUUUCUGGGAUAGCAUAUGCAGCAGCCUCGAAUACAUGUUCUAGUUAUGGAGGGAUAAGUGAAAGUAGUGACAAUGAUGAUGCAGCUUCAUGCGCCGACGUUAUCACCAAGCUUACACCCUGCCUGCCUUUCAUACAAGGAAAGCAGGACAAGCCAUCCACGCAGUGUUGUGGAGGUGCUACGGGUUUGGUUAACACCGCUAAAACCAAACAAGAUCGACAAGCUAUAUGCGAGUGCAUUAAGAAAGCAGGAUCAUCGGCCGGAAAAGUCGACCUUUCUCGCAUUUCUCAACUUGUCAAGGAUUGUGGCCUCAAAAUCAAGCUCCCUCCUAUUAGCAAAGACACAGACUGCUCUCAGGUAUCUUUCUAUCAUGAAGGGUGAUCAUAAUUAAAUCCACUUGGAGAGAGAUAUAUAUAUAUAUAUAUUUAUAUAUAGCUAUAUUUCAAGAUCCUACUUCCUACCGAGGAUUUCAUGAUCAAUCUGAUGCAUGAAUCCAAGUGAUAAUAUCUAUUAAGCCCGGAAUGAAGAAGAGAAUAAUGUAUACCAUGAUCAGUUAUUUAUGAAAAAUAAACUUCUUUAAUUUGUCUCUUCAA